UGUACAUUAUAUUGGCAUUGCGCAUACGCCCCGUUGGCGGUGCAGCAGUUAGUGUAUCACCAUUUGCUUGCUACUUCCGAAAAUAGAUUCUUAAUUACACUCGCCAACUGCAAUUGGCAAAAUGAUUUUCUACCACUACUGCUACUAGCGAUCGAUUAAUCGAUUUUUAAUUAAGGCGGAUUAUAAGGCCAAUGUCCUGUCUUCUCAAUUAUUCAAGCGAAUGUUUAAAGCUCGUUACGUCAGUCGAAGUCCAAGAUAAAGUGACCUAGAUAUCGAAAGGGUUGUGUGGUGUGUUCUUAACUGUGAAACUAAAACAAUUGUAAUUUAAUCAACUUCUUAAAUACGAAGUGCCAAAAAGUGGUAUUCAGUAUGAGAUACCUUAAUCCGCUUCUAAAAACUGCAGGAAAAAUUCGUUUGAUUGAAUAUAUAAAGCAAACACACGCAGCGUAGCGAUUUGGUAACCUGUUCCCAUUCGCCCCCAAUGCAAUUGUUUUUAAAAAACGAACAUUUCGCAUGAAAACCUGUCUAAAAAGGAGAACCCCGAAACCAAUCAAUAUCUGCAGCUCUUGCCAUUCUGUUUGAGUGCCAAUUCAGUGCCACGAAAUUACAAAAACCCAAAGUGGAUUCACAGCAGAGAAGGGGUCGCAAAUAAUUUGAUUUAGCUAUUGUGUGCUCCAAUCAUAAAAACUGAAAACCAUAUCGCUAUUCUACACAUUCAGCGCUAUAACGAAAUGACUGCGAUAAUCGUUAUGGGUUUUUAAUAUAUUUUAUUUGGGUCGACAUUCAGCUUUCAGUGAAUGCUCAGUUAAUUUAGUUAUAAUCCAAUGAUUGACCACAGCAUAUCUAUCACAGUUUUUGUGAGUCUUUGCGUGAUUACAAUGGGAACGAUGGCGAAAGAGCAGAAAAUGAAAGCGGUGUGCUUGGGCUUGGAAUUGAAAUACAAUAGAUCAAAUGUGGAAUACUUUGGCUUGGUUCCAGGUGAAUCUUCCAUGAUGAUGAUAAACUCAACCAAGUGGUUUAAAAACAUCUUUUUGGACAAUCGAAUUGAGAACGCGGGAUCAAACAGAACCAUUUACAAUAUCAAAAACUUGGCCAUCUGUAACUUCUUAAAUAAUCGCAUGAUGUCCAAGGUAUACUCGGUGAUCUAUGAAGGAUUUGUGGGCAAUUCCACGGUAUUUAGAUGCCCCGUCCAGCCAGGUGUCUACUACCUGAGCAAUAGUGUCAGAGAAGUCGAGGUGCCCAUGUUUCAUCCACCGGGAAUGUUUCGAUUAUAUGUCAAACUAAAGGCUGAAAAGGAGGGCAAUAUGCUCACAGAGCUCAACUGGCGAUAUCGUGUUAGGCGUAUAUGA